AUGGCCUACGACCUAGAUCCCGAGAUAUACCAGCAGGUGCAAGCCAACUCAUACGAAAUCGAACAGCUCUUACUUCAACUUCAAUACGUUGCCCCAGAAACAACCUCACAACCAAACCCGGUUGAGACAAACAUGGCAUCUCCUCCAGCACCACCAGUGUCUGCUCCUCAGAGGCAGAAGCACACCAGCGAGGAGGAAAGGGAGCGGCCACGCCUCACUGAGGAGGAAAAGAAGGCGAACCACAUCGCGUCAGAGCAAAAACGGCGACAAGCUAUCCGGGAAGGGUUUGACCGCCUUACCGAGAUUGUGCCUGGCCUAGAGGGCCAAGCCCGGUCUGAGGGCAUCGUCCUCCAUGGCACAGUAGGGUACAUCAAGCAAUUGCUCCGGGAACGGCGAGCUAUGAUUCAGGUUCUUGAACGUAAUGGCUUGACUGUGGACUCGGCCUUCAAGAUGGUACUGGAGCUGCUCCCCGACGGCUGGCUCGACGAAGCCGACAACAGCAGCCUCUUGAAGGAAAGCAAAAAAGACCAGGGUCAGGGCAAAGGGCCUCAUCCCAAGUGUCAGCAACAACAGCAGGUGCUCCAAGCUCCUCAGCAACGCCGCCCUGUACAACAACAACAACAACAACAACAACAACAAGCCCGCGAGAAGCAACAACAACAACAGCAGCAGCAGCAGCACUCAUCAUCAUCAUCAUCAGCAACAGCAUCCCCAUCGCUUCCUCAGCAACAGCCGACACCCCCAACCCCACCUGAUAAUGACAGGGUCGGGGGCCUGGCACUGGUUGCUGCUGCCGUGGCAACCGUCGAGCAGGAACAGGCGGGCGCGGCACCAGCUAUGUUCUUACAGAAGAGUCGUGAUGGUGGCGGCGAUGGCGUGGUGCAUGCUAUGAAUGGGCAUAAUACCGGCUUUCCUACUAACCAAGGGCCUGCUAUGUUUAACGGUAGUGGAAAUAUGUAUAUGAACCAGACGGAUGGCAGGCUUGGGUAG